GCAUUUCUGUCUUAACCGGGCGCCAGGGAGUGCAGAGCGGCGCCCGACGGUGGCAGAAGCCGACAAGGCAUUCAAGCGAAAACAUGACCACUGAGCCCAUGAGUGAAAGCAAGUUGAAUACAUUGGUGCAGAAGCUUCAUGACUUCCUCGCACACUCAUCAGAAGAAUCUGAAGAAACAAGUUCUCCUCCACGACUUCCUAUGAAUCAAAGCACAGAUAAAAUCAGUAGUUCUGGAAAUAACUCCGAUAUGAUGGAAAACAAUAAGGAGGAGGGAACUAGCUCUUCAGAAAAAUUCAAAUCUUCAGGAUCGUCACGAUCAAAGAGGAAGCCUUCAAUUGUAACAAAGUAUGUAGAAUCCGAUGAUGAAAAACCUUUGGAUGAAACUGUAAAUGAAGAUGCUUCUAAUGAAAAUUCAGAAAAUGAUAUUACUAUGCAAAGCUUGCCAAAAGGUACAGUGAUUGUACAACCAGAGCCAGUGCUGAAUGAAGACAAAGAUGAUUUUAAAGGGCCUGAAUUUAGAAGCAGAAGUAAAAUGAAAACUGAAAAUCUCAAAAAACGCGGAGAAGAUGGGCUUCAUGGAAUUGUGAGCUGCACAGCUUGUGGACAACAAGUCAAUCAUUUUCAAAAAGAUUCCAUUUAUAGACACCCUUCACUACAAGUCCUUAUUUGUAAGAAUUGCUUUAAGUAUUACAUGAGUGAUGACAUUAGUCGUGACUCAGAUGGAAUGGAUGAACAAUGUAGAUGGUGUGCAGAAGGUGGAAACUUGAUUUGUUGUGACUUUUGCCAUAAUGCUUUCUGCAAGAAAUGUAUUCUACGCAACCUUGGUCGAAAGGAACUGUCUACGAUAAUGGAUGAAAACAACCAAUGGUAUUGCUACAUUUGUCACCCGGAGCCUUUGUUGGACUUGGUCACUGCAUGUAACAGCGUAUUUGAGAAUUUAGAACAAUUGUUGCAACAAAAUAAGAAGAAGAUAAAAGUUGACAAUGAAAAGAGUAAUAAAGUAUAUGACCAUACAUCCAGAUUUUCUCCAAAGAAGAAUAGUUCAAAUUGUAAUGGAGAAGAAAAGAAAUUAGAUGUUUCAUGUUCUGGUUCUGUAACCUACUCUUACUCAGCACUAAUUGUGCCCAAAGAGAUGAUUAAGAAGGCAAAAAAACUGAUUGAGACCACAGCCAACAUGAACUCUAGUUAUGUUAAAUUUUUAAAGCAGACAACAGAUAAUUCAGAAAUCAAUUCUGCUACAAAGUUACGUCAGCUUAAGGCUUUUAAAUCCGUGUUGGCUGAUAUCAAGAAGGCUCAUCUUGCAUUAGAAGAAGAUUUGAAUUCAGAGAUUCGAGCUUUGGAUGCUAUAAACAAAGAGAAAAAUACCAAAGAGCAUAAAGUCAUAGAUGCUAAGUCUGAAACAAAAGUACGAAAAGGAGAAAAACCCUGUGCUUUGGAAAGGAAGGAUAUUUCAAAGUCAGAAGCUAAACUGUCAAGAAAACAGGUAGAUAGUGAGCACACAGAUCAGAAUGUUCCAACAGAGGAGCAAAGAGCAAAUAAAAGUACCAGUGGUGAACAUAAGAAAUCUGAUAGAAAGGAAGAACCUCAGUAUGAACCUGCUAACACUUCUGAAGACUUAGACAUGGAUAUUGUGUCUGUUCCUUCCUCAGUUCCAGAAGACAUUUUUGAGAAUCUUGAGACUGCUAUGGAAGUUCAGAGUUCAGCUGAUUAUCAGGGGGAUGGUAACAGUGGAGCUGAGCAAGAACUAGAAAGUUCAUCUGUAAAAUUAAAUACUCCUUCAAAAGAUAACAGAGGAAGUAUUAAAUCAAAAACUACAGCUAAAGUAACAAAAGAAUUAUAUGUUAAACUCACCCCUGUCUCCCUUUCUAAUUCCCCAAUGAAAGGUGCUGAUUGUCAGGACGUUCUACAAGAUAAAGAUGGUUAUAAAAGUUCUGGUCUAAACUCCAAGUCAGAGAAAUGUGAACAUGGACAGGGAAACAGUGAUAAUGAACAUUUGGUUGAAACUGAAGUUCCAUUAGUUUUAGAAGAAUCCGAUCUUCGAAGAUCCCCACGUGUAAAGACUACACCCUUGAGGCGACAAACAGAAACCAACCCUACAACAUCUAAUUCAGAUGAAGAGAGUAAUGAAACAGUUAAGGAGAAACAAAAACUAUCAGUUCCAAUGAGAAAAAAGGAUAAGCGGAAUUCUUCUGACAGGGCUAUAGAUAAUCCUAAGCCUAAUAAAUUGCCUAAAUCUAAGCAGUCAGAGAUUGUGGAUCAAAAUUCAGAUUCUGAUGAAAUGUUAGCAAUCCUCAAAGAGGUAAGCAGGAUAAAUCACAGUUCUUCUUCAGAUACUGAUAUUAAUGAAAUUCAUACAAAUCAUAAGACUUUUUAUGAUUUAAAGACUCAAACAGGGAAAGAUGAUAAAGGAAAAAGGAAACGAAAAAGUUCUACUUCUGGCUCAGAUUUUGAUAUUAAAAAAGGCAAAUCAGCUAAAAGCUCUAUAAUUUCUAAAAAGAAACGACAAAACCUGUCUGAAUCUUCUAAUUACGACUCAGAAUUAGAAAAAGAGAUAAAGAGCAUGAGUAAAAUUGGGGCUGCCAGAGCAACCAAAAAAAGAGUUCCAAACAAGAAAGACUAUGAUUCUUCUGAAGAUGAAAAACACAGCAAAAAAGCAAUGGGUAAUCAAGGGCAGAAAAGUUUGAAGACUGCACAAGAAGGAUCAUCUGAUGAUGCUGAAAGGAAACAAGAGAGAGAGAAUUUCUCUUCAGAAGGCACAGUUGAUAAAGACAAGACUAUGAUGGAAUUAAGAGAUCGACUUUCUAAGCAACAGCAGCCAAGUGUUUCCUGUGUUGGUGCUGAUAAGCCUUCUGGGAAAGAGGAGAGUUUUAAUUUUUCAAAAGUCAAAAAGGUUGCUGAGACUAAAGAAAAAAACAAGCAUCUGAAAACCAAAAUGUGUAAAAAAGUACAGGGUGGAUUAUCUGAUGUUGCUGAGAAAUGCUCAAAGAAAGAGCAGAGUGAUGAAUCUUCUGAAGACGAUAAAAAGCUAAGCAAGAAGGGAACUCAAGAAAAAGAAAAGAAAACUCCAGGCUUGAAGAAAAAAGUAAUUAAGAUGGAACAACAAUAUGAAUCAUCAUCUGAUGGCACUGAGAAGUUACCUGAGGGACAAGAAAUUUGUCAUUUUCCUAAGUGCAUAAAACAAAAUAAGAAUGAUACAACUGAUGGGGAAAAGAAAAGUAAAAAAAUAAGACAUAAAUCUUCUAAAAAGAAGGAUGAAUUAUCUGAUAAUGCUGAGAAGUUACCAGGAAAAGGGGAUAGUUGUGAGUCUUCAGAAGAUAAAAAGAAUAAGAAUGGAGCAUCUGGUAGAGAGAAGAAAAGAUGCAGCUUGCCUGGAAAGAGUUCUAGGAAAAGACAAGAUUGUUCAUCAUCUGAUACUGAGAAAUACUCCAUGAAAGAAGAUGGCUGUGACUCUUCUGAUAAGAGACUGAAAAGAAUAGAAUUGAGGGAAAGAAGAAAUUUAAAUUCAAAGAGAAAUACCAAGGAAAUACAAAGUGGCUCAUCAUCUUCUGAUGCUGAGGAAAGUUCUGAAGAUAAUAAUAAAAAGAAGAAACAAAGAACUUCAGCUAAAAAGAAGCCAGUCAAUGUCAAGGAGAAAAAGAGAAACUCCCUAAGAACAAGCACUAAAAGGAAGCAAGCAGACAUUACUUCCUCAUCUUCUGAUAUAGGAGAUGAUGAUCAGAAUUCUUUCGGCGAGGGGAGCAGUGAUGAACAGAAAAUUAAGCCUGUGACUGAAAAUUUAGUGCUAUCUUCACAUAUUGGAUUUUGCCAGUCUUCAGGAGAUGAAGCCUUAUCUAAAUCAGUGCCUGUCACAAUGGAUGAUGAUGACGACGACAAUGAUCCUGAGAAUAGAAUUGCCAAGAAGAUGCUUUUGGAAGAAAUUAAAGCCAAUCUUUCCUCUGAUGAGGAUGGAUCUUCAGAUGAUGAAUCAGAAGAAGGGAAAAAAAGAACUGGAAAACAAAAUGAAGAAAACACAGGAGAUGAGGAAGCAAAAAAUCAAGUCAAUUCUGAAUCAGAUUCAGAUUCUGAAGAAUCUAAGAAGCCAAGAUACAGACAUAGGCUUUUGAGGCACAAACUAACUGUGAGUGAUGGAGAAUCUGGAGAAGAAAAAAAGACAAAGUCUAAAGAGCAUAAAGAAGCCAAGGGCAGAAAUAGAAGGAAGGUGAGCAGUGAAGAGUCAGAAGAUUCUGAUUUUCAGGAAUCAGGAGUUAGUGAAGAAGUUAGUGAAUCUGAAGAUGAACAGCGACCCAGGACAAGGUCUGCAAAGAAAGCAGAGUUGGAAGAAAAUCAGCGGAGUUAUAAACAGAAAAAGAAAAGACGACGCAUUAAAGUUCAAGAAGAUUCAUCCAGUGAAAACAAGAGUAAUUCUGAAGAAGAAGAAGAAAAAGAAGAGGAGGAGGAGGAGGAAGAGGAGGAAGAAGAUGAAAAUGAUGAUUCCAAGUCUCCUGGAAAAGGCAGAAAAAAAAUUCGAAAGAUUCUUAAAGAUGACAAACUAAGAACAGAAACACAAAAUGCUCUUAAGGAAGAGGAAGAGAGGCGAAAACGUAUUGCUGAGAGGGAGCGUGAACGAGAAAAAUUGAGAGAGGUGAUAGAAAUUGAAGAUGCUUCACCCACCAAAUGUCCAAUAACAACCAAGUUGGUUUUGGAUGAAGACGAAGAAACCAAAGAACCUUUAGUGCAGGUUCAUAGAAAUAUGGUUAUCAAAUUGAAACCCCAUCAAGUAGAUGGUGUUCAGUUUAUGUGGGAUUGCUGCUGUGAGUCUGUGAAGAAAACAAAGAAAUCUCCAGGUUCAGGAUGCAUUCUUGCUCACUGCAUGGGCCUUGGUAAGACUUUACAGGUGGUAAGUUUUCUUCAUACAGUUCUUUUGUGUGACAAAUUGGAUUUCAGCACAGCUUUAGUGGUUUGUCCUCUUAAUACUGCUUUGAACUGGAUGAAUGAAUUUGAGAAGUGGCAAGAGGGAUUAAAAGAUGAUGAGAAGCUUGAGGUCUCUGAAUUAGCAACUGUGAAACGUCCACAGGAGAGAAGCUACAUGCUGCAGAGGUGGCAAGAAGAUGGUGGUGUUAUGAUCAUAGGCUAUGAGAUGUACAGAAAUCUUGCUCAAGGAAGGAAUGUGAAGAGUCGGAAACUUAAAGAAAUAUUUAACAAAGCUUUGGUUGAUCCCGGCCCUGACUUUGUCGUUUGUGAUGAAGGCCAUAUUCUAAAAAAUGAAGCAUCUGCUGUUUCAAAAGCUAUGAAUUCUAUACGAUCAAGGAGGAGGAUUAUUUUAACAGGAACACCACUUCAGAAUAACCUAAUUGAGUAUCAUUGUAUGGUUAACUUUAUCAAGGAAAAUUUGCUUGGAUCCAUUAAAGAGUUCAGGAAUAGAUUUAUAAAUCCAAUUCAAAAUGGUCAGUGUGCAGAUUCCACCAUGGUAGAUGUCAGAGUGAUGAAAAAACGUGCUCACAUUCUCUAUGAGAUGUUAGCUGGAUGUGUUCAGUAUGGUGUAGGUAAUAGCAGUGAAGGUGGAAGAGGAAAGGCAGGUGCAAAACUUUUCCAGGAUUUUCAGAUGUUAAGUAGAAUAUGGACUCAUCCUUGGUGUCUGCAGCUGGACUACAUUAGCAAAGAAAAUAAGGGAUAUUUUGAUGAAGACAGUAUGGAUGAGUUUAUAGCCUCAGAUUCUGAUGAAACCUCCAUGAGUUUAAGCUCCGAUGAUUAUACAAAAAAGAAGAAAACAAAGGGGAAAAAGGGGAAAAAAGAUAGUAGCUCAAGUGGAAGUGGCAGUGACAAUGAUGUUGAAGUGAUUAAAGUUUGGAAUUCAAGAUCUCGAGGAGGUGGUGAAGGAAAUGUGGAUGAAACAGGAAACAACCCUUCUGUUUCUGUAAAGCUGGAAGAAAGUAAAGCUACUUCCUCUUCUAAUCCAAGCAGCCCAGCUCCAGAUUGGUACAAAGAUUUUGUUACAGAUGCUGAUGCUGAGGUUUUAGAGCAUUCUGGAAAAAUGGUACUUCUCUUUGAAAUUCUUCGAAUGGCAGAGGAAAUUGGGGAUAAAGUCCUUGUUUUUAGCCAGUCCCUCAUAUCUCUGGACUUGAUUGAAGAUUUUCUUGAAUUGGCUAGUAGGGAGAAGACAGAAGAUAAAGAUAAACCUCUUAUUUAUAAAGGUGAAGGGAAGUGGCUUCGAAACAUUGACUAUUACCGUUUAGAUGGUUCUACUACUGCACAGUCAAGGAAGAAGUGGGCUGAAGAAUUUAAUGAUGAAACUAAUGUGAGGGGGCGAUUGUUUAUUAUUUCCACCAAAGCAGGAUCUCUAGGAAUUAAUCUGGUAGCUGCUAAUCGAGUAAUUAUAUUUGAUGCUUCUUGGAAUCCAUCUUAUGACAUCCAGAGUAUAUUCAGAGUUUAUCGCUUUGGACAAACUAAGCCUGUUUAUGUAUAUAGGUUCUUAGCUCAGGGAACCAUGGAAGAUAAGAUUUAUGAUCGGCAAGUAACUAAACAGUCACUGUCUUUCCGAGUCGUUGAUCAGCAGCAGGUUGAGCGUCAUUUUACUAUGAAUGAGCUUACUGAACUUUAUACUUUUGAGCCAGACUUAUUAGAUGACCCUAAUUCAGAAAAGAAGAAGAAGAGGGAUACUCCCAUGCUGCCAAAGGACACCAUACUUGCAGAACUUCUUCAGAUACAUAAAGAACACAUUGUAGGAUAUCAUGAACAUGAUUCUCUUUUGGACCACAAAGAAGAAGAAGAGUUGACUGAAGAAGAAAGAAAAGCAGCUUGGGCUGAGUAUGAAGCAGAGAAGAAGGGACUGACCAUGCGUUUCAACAUCCCAACUGGGACCAAUUUACCCCCUGUCACUUUCAAUGCUCAAACUCCUUAUAUUCCUUUUAAUUUGGGAGCCCUGUCAGCAAUGAGUAAUCAACAGCUGGAGGACCUCAUUAAUCAAGGAAGAGAAAAAGUUGUGGAAGCAACAAAUAGUGUGACAGCAGUGAGGAUUCAGCCUCUUGAAGAUAUCAUUUCAGCUGUAUGGAAGGAAAACGUGAAUCUUUCAGAGGCCCAAGUACAGGCAUUAGCAUUAAGUAGACAAGCCAGCCAGGAGCUUGAUGUUAAACGAAGAGAAGCAAUCUACAAUGAUGUGUUGACAAAACAACAGAUGUUAAUCAGCUGUGUUCAGCGAAUACUUAUGAACAGAAGGCUCCAGCAGCAGUACAAUCAGCAGCAACAGCAACAAAUGACUUAUCAACAAGCAACACUGGGUCACCUCAUGAUGCCAAAGCCUCCAAAUUUAAUCAUGAAUCCUUCUAACUACCAGCAGAUUGAUAUGAGAGGAAUGUAUCAGUCAGUAGCUGGUGGUAUGCAGCCACCACCAUUACAGCGUGCACCACCCCCAAUGCGAAGCAAAAAUCCAGGACCUUCCCAAGGGAAAUCAAUGUGAUUUUGCACUAAAAGCAUAAAGGAUUGUUAAAAUCAUAGAAAGAUCUUUUAUUUUUUUAGGAAUCAAUGACUUAACAGAACUCAACUGUAUAAAUAGUUUGGUCCCUUUAAAUGCCAAUCUUCCAUAUUAGUUUAAUUUUUUUUUUAAAUAGGGCGUACCAUUUCUCCCUGACAUUUGUCAGUGAUGUUGCCUAGAAUCUUCUUACACACAUUGAGUACAGAAGAUAUUUCAAAUUGUUUUCAGUGAAAACAAGUCCUUCCAUAACAGUAACAGCUCCACAGAUUUCUUCUCUAAAUUUUUAUGCCUGCUUUUAGCAACCAUAAAAUUGUCAUAAAAUUAAUAAAUUUAAGAAAGAAUAAAGAUUUAUAUAUUAAUUCUUUACAUAAAAACACACAGCUGAGUUCUUAGAGUUGAUUCCUCAAGUUAUGAAAUACUUUUGUACUUAAUCCAUUUCUUGAUUAAAGUGAUUGAAAUGGUUUCAACGUUCUUUUGACUGAAGUCUGAAAUGGGGCUCCUGCUAUAUCAUCUCUGUGAUUGAAAGUUAGAAACUAAAGGUUAUCUUUGACAGAAUUGUGUGCAAUAUUCUUAAAUACUACUGCUCUAAAGUUGGAGGAGUCUUGCAGUUAUCUUAGCAUUGUAUAAACAGCCUUAAGUACAGCCUAAGAAGAGAAUUCCUUUUUCUUCUUUAGUCUUUCUGCCAUUUUUUAUUUUCAGUUAUAUGCGCUGAAAUAAUUACUGGUAAAAUUUCAGGGUUGUGGAUUAUCUUCCACACACGAAUUUUCUCUCUCCUGGCACUAAUACAAAGCACAUCUCUUAACUGCAUGGUGCCAGUGCUAGUGCUUCAUCCUGUUGCUGGCAGUGGGAUGUGGACUAAGAAAAUCAAGUUCUAGCAUUUUAGGAGGUUAACGCUGAAGUUGUGGUUGUUAGAUUCACACCCUGUUUUAUGACAACAUCAAAAUGGCAGAACCAUUGCUGACUUUAAGUUCACAUGAGGAAUGUGCUUUAACGAUUCCCAGUACUGUCAGUAUUGUGAAAUAAUUCCUCUUAAAGAUAAGGAUCACUGGCUUCUGUGCUCUCUUUUCUCUCAUCAUCAUAUUCUUUUCCCCCAAUUUCCUUACAUUUUCUUAAAUUGUUUCAAAGUAUGAAAUUUUUUUAGU